AUGCCCAACGGGGAGCCGGUUGACGCUCCCAACAUGGUCGCAGAGCUUAUCUCGCGCAAGCGCCGUGGCCUUGAGCUCGCUGAGCAAAUAAUCGAUGAAGAUUAUAAACAGGGGCUUGAGACCCAAAGCCAAGAUGUGAUUGAAGGGCUCCAGCUCCUCCAAAGUGAGGUGUCAGGCUCGCGCGCUGAUUGUGUACAGCCCGGAUUGGGCCAGGCAAGAAGAGUGAAGCCGGCGGUCUUGGAACCGAAAGGUAUCGAGUUGCCUGACGGAGGUUCGUCCUCUAUGCGCCCUUCACUUGCAUCCGGCCCAACCCGAAUUACUGCUACCAACGGCGUGCCAAAGCGCAAGCGCCGGGAGGACGAGGACGAGCCGCCACGGAAACGGCUUGGUGUUACCCUCUCGACGUCACCUCGUUCUGUCGUUGCCGAUGCGCUGGUGGUCAGCGAAGCGGACAUGAGCGAGGUGACUAACGGAGGGAACAUUCAACCCACCGUGGCGGCCGUUCAGCGCAAGCGGAUUCCCCGGUUUCGGCCAAAGCUCAGAGGAGUUCCACAAUUACGGGAUGCCGUGCCGGUCGUGCUUGCGAAUGCGCGCCAGAGGUUGUCGGAGCUGAAGGCACUGAUGGCCCUCCCCCAGAUGAGCGGCCAGAGAGAGGCGACAUUCAAACGAAUGGAGCUCCAAACGUUGAUCUUAUCACUAGAGAAGAUCUACACAUAUUUCGUCUCCGGACGGACGUGUGGAAGCGUCUGGGCUGUGAGGGGAUGGGGGCCGGACGUUCGGAUUAUUAAGCCCAAUUGGGCAAGGUUUUGA